AUGGAUAAAGCACGCCCAAUCAAGCAGGUUUGUUUUCAAGAGGUAGCGCGCAACAAUGUCAAUGCCAAUACUUUAGAAUCCUCGUCCAACUCAGAGUCUAACCAGACGAGCUCUCCAUCUGCAGAGGACAUCUGCGCGUGGACUCAUAAAGCCCAACCAACGGCCCCAUGUUUCAUUAGAGAUGUUUAUUCGAUGAGAGAAAGCACUAGCACAGGACCUAGAUCCAGCUUUUACUGGCUGGGACAUAUUCCCUGUCAAAUUGUGCACAUUGUUGGCAUGGUGGUAGGAAUUGACAUGCGCGAGAAAGGAACACUGUACACCGUUGAUGAUUCCACGGAGGUGAUUGAUUGUAUGCUUCGUCACCCCGGACCCUUGGCCCAGCUGGAUGCUAAUGCAAGAGCAGCUUUAUGGUCAAGCAGACGGCGCCCCACUCCCUCUCCAGUUCCAGUUCCUCCGCCUCCUGCUACUGCUAUUGGCUACCCUGUAGAAGUAAUCGAGGCCUGUGAGUCGACAAACAAUCAAUGGACACAUGCCAUUACCAUUGUCGAACUUCACAAGUCCAAAUACUCAGUACCAAAGCCAUUCACGAUGCCGGUUGAGGUCCACCCUCGGUCGCUGAUUCCCUCAAAGUGUCCAUUGCGCGAGCCAUCCUCUCCUCUGAUGCAUAGUGCGGCCUCUAAGUCAUCAAGUUUUGUUAUACCUGGUUCAACAGACCCCCCUCAGUUUCGGCAUCCAUCUCAGUUGCGUACGGCAGACCUCAUGGAUGAAACCUUUCAAUUAUAUCUACAGCAUUGUUUUCGACAUGUGCCCGGUGAUGUACCUCAGUUUGAUUAUCAUCAAUUUUUUCUGAUGCAGACACCAGAGCAGUCUACAUCUGGCCCCAUUACGCUUUCAUAUCUACGUCGGAUCCCAGAGCUGGCCCUUCUUGCCAGUCGGCGCACUCCACCAGACGCAGGGGGAGAGAAGGCAGGACAGACCCAGAAGUCGAACAUCUCUCAUUUUAGCUCUAAGCACCCGCACGCCAAGAUGAAGAGGCUAUUUAUGUGGGCAGUACUCCAGCUUUAUGAACGAGGAAGUAUAGUACUCUAUGAUGGACUUUCGGAUGCCCCAACUGCAUCUGUGUCCAUAGCGCCAUCCCACUUCGCUGUAACCAACACAGCGAACUCCCAGGCUCCAUCUGAUGUUCCCCUCUCUAGCACGAUAUUUUCAUCACCUGAUGCUGCCAAGUCCGUGAUUCCUGAGGACGAUGCUUACUUGUCAGAUCUGCCUUAUUACAAGGAAGAUGAGGCAUACACUCCCGUAACUGCGGCCCUCCUCGCUCAACCUGUGCGAGAUAUCAUGUGUGCAAGAGGUAUUAGAGGAAAGAGUGUCAGGGUCAGAGCAGAGGACAUUGCGAAGGAUCUGAAAAUGUUUGACAGGCGUUGGGCACAUAUUGACUUGCGGACCAUUGAAGAAGCCAUAGACACCAUUGUAAUUGACUAA